GAAGUGUACAUCCUACCCACAUCUCUUAAGAGCCACAAGGAAGCAAUCCCUAAAUAAAUACUCGAAGAGUCAGUUAAAGCCCAUUCUUCUCAUCUUCACACAUUUCUCUCCUCCUCUCUCUUGCCAUGGCUUCUUCCUCCCUCCCUCUCUCUCAGGCCAUCCUCUCUCGCUCAAUCCCUCGCCAUGGCUCCUCUUCCUCCACCAACUCCCAAUUCUCCCCUUCUUCCCUUUCCCUCCCCACUUUCUCCGGCCUCAAAUCCACCACCUCCACCACCUUCCGCCGCCGCACUCUUCCGUCCCCCGUCGCCGUACGGUCGCCGGAAAUUAGAGCUUCGGCGGCUGUGGAGACUUUAGAGAAAACGGAUAAUGCACUGGUUGAGAAAUCUGUAAAUACGAUACGAUUUUUGGCAAUUGAUGCAGUUGAAAAGGCCAAUUCAGGUCAUCCAGGUUUACCUAUGGGAUGUGCACCUAUCGGACAUAUAUUGUAUGAUGAGAUCAUGAGAUAUAAUCCUAAGAAUCCUUAUUGGUUUAAUCGUGAUCGCUUUGUUCUCUCCGCUGGACAUGGUUGUAUGCUUCAGUAUGCUUUGCUUCAUCUCGCUGGUUAUGAUGCUGUUAGGGAAGAGGACUUGAAGAGCUUCCGCCAGUGGGGAAGCAAAACCCCUGGACACCCUGAAAACUUUGAGACACCUGGUGUUGAAGUCACCACUGGGCCUCUUGGACAAGGGAUUGCCAAUGCCGUUGGCUUGGCCCUCUCAGAGAAGCACUUGGCUGCUCGUUUCAAUAAGCCUGGCGCUGAGAUUGUAGACCACUACACAUAUUGUAUUCUCGGUGAUGGUUGCCAGAUGGAGGGUAUUUCACAAGAAGCGGCUUCUCUUGCUGGACACUGGGGGCUCGGAAAGCUGAUUGCUUUCUAUGAUGACAACCACAUCUCAAUUGAUGGGGACACAGAAAUCGCUUUCACUGAGGAUGUUGGUGCCCGUUUUGAGGCUCUUGGUUGGCAUGUAAUCUGGGUGAAGAACGGUAACACUGGUUAUGAUGAGAUUCGUGCUGCCAUUAAGGAAGCAAAAGCAGUCACAGACAAACCCACUAUGAUCAAGGUAACUACAACCAUUGGUUUUGGCUCACCCAACAAGGCAAAUAGUUACAGUGUACAUGGAAGCGCACUUGGAGCUAAGGAAGUAGAGGCCACGAGGCAGAACUUGGGAUGGCCUUAUGAGCCUUUCCAUGUGCCUGAAGAUGUCAAGAGCCACUGGAGCCGUCAUGUUCCCGAGGGUGCUGCUCUUGAAGCUGGAUGGAAUACCAAGUUUGCUGAAUAUGAGAAGAAGUACCCAGAGGAAGCUGCAGAUCUCAAAUCCAUCAUCACUGGUGAACUACCUGCUGGCUGGGAGAAAGCUCUUCCUACCUACACACCUGAAAGUCCAGCAGAUGCCACCAGAAACCUGUCCCAACAAAACCUGAAUGCUCUUGCCAAGGUUCUUCCUGGUUUCCUCGGUGGUAGUGCUGAUCUUGCCUCAUCAAACAUGACCCUCAUGAAAAUGUUUGGCGAUUUCCAAAAGAACACCCCAGAGGAGCGAAAUUUAAGGUUUGGUGUUCGUGAACAUGGUAUGGGAGCCAUUUGUAAUGGAAUUGCUCUGCACAGCCCCGGCUUAAUUCCCUACUGUGCCACUUUCUUUGUUUUUACUGAUUACAUGAGAGCAGCCAUUAGAAUUUCAGCUUUGUCUGAAUCGCGUGUUAUCUAUGUUAUGACCCACGAUUCAAUUGGGCUUGGAGAAGAUGGACCUACACAUCAGCCCAUUGAGCACUUGGCAAGUUUCCGUGCAAUGCCCAAUGUUCUGAUGCUCCGUCCAGCAGAUGGUAAUGAGACAGCUGGUGCUUAUAAGGUGGCCAUCCUCAAGAGUAAGACACCAUCAAUCCUGGCCCUUUCUCGACAAAAGUUGCCCCAACUUGCUGGAACUUCUAUUGAAGGAACAGCAAAGGGUGGCUACGUUACAUCAGACAACUCUUCAGGCAACAAUCCUGAUGUCAUUUUGAUUGGUACCGGGUCAGAGCUGGAAAUUGCUGUCAAGGCUGCUGAUGAACUCAGAAAGGAAGGAAAGGCGGUGAGAGUUGUCUCCCUCGUUUCUUGGGAGCUUUUCGAUGAGCAAUCAGCGGAGUACAAGGAAAGUGUUCUUCCAGCAGCUGUUACUGCUAGAGUUAGCAUUGAAGCUGGAUCCACAUUUGGGUGGGAGAAGAUCGUCGGAUCCAAAGGGAAGGCCAUUGGAAUUGACAGAUUCGGUGCCAGUGCCCCUGCUGGAAAAAUAUACAAGGAGUAUGGAAUUACAGCAGAGGCUGUAAUAGCUGCAGCUAAACAAGUCUCUUAAGCUCUUAUUACUUGCCCUUGGUUACUGGUGUCUACCAAAGUUGUUUUGUUUUGAUUCUGAGAUCGGAGACAAUGGUUGUAACCGAUACCAAGUGGACUCGGCAGUUAAUCGUUGCCUGAGUAUUUUCAAUAAAGAUAAUUUCUUCAUCUGCGUUUCGUUUUCUUCAGUUUGAACAGCGGGGUGGCCGGAAUGAUCUCAAGAUGAGGAUAGAAAUAGGCCUUUAUGGAUGGCUCCUGACCAAGUACACUUAAAAAUGUAUCUUUGAGUUUGUAAUUUUUAUUUGGUCGAGUGAUAACGAGGUCCAAUUUUCAAUUGGAAUUUCAUGUAUUCUGGUAA